AUGGCCGAGGGAGGGGCCCCCCGGGGGCCCCCAAAGCUGCUGCUGCAGCGCCUGGGGCUGCAGGGCCUCAAGGCGGGUUUGCUGCAGGCGCAGACACGGGGGGCCCCCGCGCUGUGUCUUUCUUACGGGAAGGAGCUGCUGGACAGAUUUGCUGCUGCUCUCAAAGACGAAGUAUAUGCUGUUUACGAGACUGUCUACCUGGCGGCCUUGACCCUUAACGAGCCAGCUGUGUAUGAGCGGUGCUACAACGCGCUGGUUGCCCGCUGGGGCAGCAGCAGCAAACGGCUGCGGGGGCUGCUGAUGCUGCAGCAGGAAGCAGCAGGAAAGCAUCAGCAGGCGAUUCGCCUCUUGGCAGAUUACCUGCAGCAGCACCACGGAGAUGUGGGCGCCAGGAGGAGAGUUGUGGCCACCUACAGAAUCCAGGGGAACUACAAGAGCUGCAUUUCUUUCCUCAUUUCGCACCUGCGAGAGUACGCGGGGGAUAAGGAGGCGUGGCACGAGUUAGCUGAGGUGUACAUACACCUCAUGCUGCUGCAGCAAGCAGCUUUUGUUUGGGAAGAGCUGCUGAUGAGGGAUCCAAACAAUCUUUACUAUCUCCUUUCUUACGGAGAGGGGGCGCAGGACCUGGUGCUGCUGCAGCAGCAGCAGAAGCAGCAGCAGAGCGGCUCGAAGCAGCAGCAGCAGCAGCAGCGGCAGCGGCAGCAGCGCAGACGCCCUGAAGACUUGGAAGCACAAGAGGCCCUGAAAUCUGCUGCCACUCUUUUGGCUCUGGGCCUGGAAGCAGCAAAACGUCUUGACAAGAUGUACGAGCAGCAGCUGCAGCAGAAGAGCGGCAGGAUCUUUGCAGCAGCAGCAAGAAGGCGAAUUGCUGCUCUUCAAAAGUCUCUUGAGCAGCACCGAGCUGCCUAA